AUGGGAUCCGCAGAUGGAUUGAAGGACGAUGUCCUUGCUCCCCUCAGGUUCAUCCCUCUCUCGUACAACCAUGCCGACUCUCAAGCCUCUGCGCUGAGGCUUGUCCUGACAUUGAACCCAAAUUGGGAGGGCCCAGGGAACCAGAUUGAGUUCGUGCGCUUCACGGACGGCAUCACCAAUACUCUGCUGAAGAUCAUUAAUCGGAAACCUGGCUUGACCGAGGAACAAAUAGACAACGAAGCAGUACUGAUGAGAGCGUACGGUAAUCACACAGAGAUCCUCAUAGACCGCGAAAGAGAAACCCGAUCCCACGCGCUUCUUGCCAGCCGCGGCCUAGCUCCUCCCCUUCUGGCUCGCUUUCAGAACGGGCUCCUCUACCGAUUCAUUCGAGGUCGUCCAUCGACCCAUACUGAUCUGGUGAGGGCUCCGAUCUGGCGUGGUGUUGCCAGAAGGCUCGGACAAUGGCAUGCAGUCCUACCUAGCCGUGGCAACGGCGCAGUCCACCCUCCAGCCAAGAAAAUGCCCUUUGGCCACCAAGUAGACAUGGACCUGGAACAUCUUCCCAAGGAAGAAGUGGAUUUCCCGGUGAUCAGACCUAGACAGCCAGGUCCCAGCAUGUGGACGGUGCUACAGAAAUGGGUUCUUGCUCUGCCAACCGCCACUGAGGAACAGCGCACCAGGAGACUCGAUUUGCAGAAGGAGCUGGAGCGAGUAGUGAGUGAGCUAGAUGAUGGUAGAGGUCUUGGUGAGGACGGAUUGGUUUUCGCCCAUUGUGACCUCCUCUGCGCCAAUGUCAUCGUCUUGCCUUCGACGGAUGGUCCUGCGACAACCACAAAUGACGAUGGCUCGGUGACGGUGCAUUUCAUCGACUAUGAAUAUGCCACUCCCUCCCCCGCUGCCUUCGAUAUUGCGAAUCACUUUGCUGAAUGGGGUGGUUACGAUUGUGACUACAACAUGAUGCCGACCCGCUCUGUGCGGCGGCAAUUUUUAACGGAGUACGUCAAGAGCUAUAGCCAUCAUCGGCAGAUCCCGGAAUCCUCGCAAGAGGAAAUCAUCAACCGGUUGUUCGAGGACGUUGAUCGGUUCCGCGGCAUUCCCGGGUUAUACUGGGGCGUCUGGGCGCUUAUCCAAGCCCAAAUCUCGCAGAUUGACUUUGACUACGCAUCAUACGCCGAGGUCCGGCUUGGAGAGUACUAUGCCUGGCGUCGAGAAACAGACGGGACUCGGGCCCCAGCCGGCGAGGAGAUGCCUCUUCGGGAGUGUCGGUGGGCGCAAGAGGCCUGA